GAAGAGAAUAAGCUCAUGCUUAGACUAUUAUAAAUUUAUAAUGUUGGGCUACAUAGCUUACUAGUUACUACAACACAUCUAAGCUUGAAAGUUAGGGCAAAAAAAUCCAAUUCACCAAUUGUGAACAAGAUGUUGUUAGCCCAAUUUGACAAACCAAAUCAAAUCAAAUUCCCAAAAAACCAAAACCCCCCAUUUUUUUUCUUUCUUUCUUCUCCUUCCUUUCUCUUCCUCCUCUCCUUCUCUCUCCUCCCCAAACACCACCAGAUUCUCUCUAUCUUUCUUCACCCUUUUUUUUUCUUUAUUUGUUUACAAAUUUCCUAACUCAAAAAAUACCCACAAUCUAAUUCUCUUCUCUUUCCCAUUUUGUUGGGGUAUUUCCUUUUUUCUUGCGAUCCAUAGCCUCUGCUUUUGAUGGUGCUUAUUGUUGUAGCAUUAAACUUUUGUAGAAAUUUAUUAACAAGCAUUAAAUCCCACUUGGGGUUUUCCUUUUUCUAUCAAUUUUAGCAUUAAAUUACUCAUUUUUCGACAUUUCAAGCGUCAUAUUAUUGCACCCACUUUGGAAAAGUUCCUCCAUUUUUUAAGCUAGGGUUUUCUCUGCCAAAGUUGGGUAACCCAAUUUGCCCUUAAUCUAUUCAAUUGAGCUCUGUUUAUUGGGGAUUUUUUGGUUACAAUUUGUUUUUUUAUUGGGGUUGUUGUUGUAGCAUCAAAUUUGUAGUUUAUAUAGUGAAGUUGUAGUUUGUAACAACAUAUUUUUGCUGCCUCUUAUUAUUUGGGGUUCAAUUUUGGGAUAGUUUGCAAAUUUGGGAAUAUAUUUUGAAUAAUUUCUGGGUGUAUCUAUUGUGCUAUAUUCUUAAUCUGGGUUGUUAGUGUUACUGGUGGGUGGAGUGUUGUUUUUACUUAGGAGUAGAGUUUGGAGUAAAGGAAAUUAGCCUUUGCCUGCAUGGGCGGGCAUGAGGGAUGGCCACAGCCGAGUGGGCUACAUCCGAAUGGGCUGUUGCCCAAUGAAACCGCCUCGGCUAUUCGUGUUCUUGAUUCAGAACGGUGGUUGAAAGCCGAGGAGAGAAUCGAAGAGCUUAUAGCUCGCAUUCAGCCCAACCAGCCAUCUGAACAAAGGCGAAAUGCUGUUGCAGAUUAUGUGCAGCGGUUGAUCAUGAAAUGCUUCCCUUGUCAGGUUUUCACUUUUGGGUCUGUUCCUUUGAAGACAUAUUUGCCGGAUGGGGACAUUGAUUUAACAGCAUUUAGUAAAAAUCAGACUCUUAAGAAUAAUUGGGCUACUCAAGUGCGUGAUAUACUAGAAAGUGAAGAGAAGAAUGAAAAUGCUGAAUUUCAUGUGAAAGAGGUUCAGUAUAUUCAGGCAGAAGUCAAAAUUAUAAAGUGUCUAGUGGAAAAUAUUGUUGUGGACAUAUCAUUUAAUCAGUUGGGUGGGCUAUGCACCCUAUGUUUCCUUGAAGAGGUUGACCAUUUGAUUAAUCAGAAUCACCUGUUUAAGCGUAGUAUUAUAUUGAUCAAAGCUUGGUGCUACUACGAGAGUCGUAUAUUGGGUGCUCAUCAUGGGCUUAUAUCUACUUAUGCCUUGGAGACCUUGGUUCUUUACAUAUUUCAUGUUUUCAAUAAUACUUUCACAGGACCUUUAGAGGUUCUGUACCGUUUUUUGGAAUUCUUUAGUAAUUUUGAUUGGGAUAAUUUUUGUGUCAGCUUAUGGGGUCCUGUACCCAUUAGUUCACUUCCUGAUGUAACUGCGGAGCCUCCUCGCAAAGAUAGUGGAGACUUGCUGCUUAGUAAAUUGUUUCUUGAUGCAUGUAGCUCUGUAUAUGCUGUCUUCCCGGAAGGCCUAGAAAAUCAGGGACAACCCUUUAUUUCGAAGCAUUUUAAUGUCAUUGAUCCUUUGCGUGUGAACAAUAACCUUGGAAGAAGUGUUAGUAAAGGAAACUUUUACAGAAUUCGCAGUGCGUUUACGUUUGGGGCAAAGAGGCUAGCUAGGCUACUAGACUGUUCUGAUGAGAACAUUGUUAUUGAGUUGAACCAGUUCUUUAUGAACACAUGGGAGAGACAUGGUAGUGGUGUACGUCCUGAUGUCCCUAGUAGUGACUUGUGGCCCUCACUGGCAAAUCCAGAUGAUCGAUCGAACAAUCAAGAUAUUGCUUCAAGUAGCAAGAAUGCUAGUGAUAAUGUAUCAAUUCAAGAAACUCAGAUUAGGGUGCCUCAGAGUAAUCGGCCUCUAACCUCUCAACGUGCUAGUUAUCCUUUGGAAAGCAUUUCAAAAAACAAUGAAGUUCCUGCAGCUUCUUGCACACAGGAUCAAAAGAGCAUUGGGAAUCCGAACAGCUCAGAGAUUAUGGAGCAGGUUGGAAAAGGCAAUGCUCAGAGUUUGCGAGCUGAUAGAAAUAAAAAGAGCUUGAAACCUGAUCACAUGCUGAAUGAAAUACAGGGGAAGUAUCUUUUUGCCAGAACACGGUCAAGUCCAGAGCUCACUAAUGCAUAUUAUGACGCUUCUUCAAGAGGAAGGCGUGGUAAACCUACUGACAGUGGGAGAAGUCAGGUUGCUUCUUCAAAGAUGGAUAGCAACCGAAGGAAAAACAUAGCAUCUGAAACUCUGUCAACUCAAAGCACAUUAUCCUCAUCAGAUGAUCUCUUAUCUGGUAGGUACAAUUCUCAUCAUGCUGUAGAUGUUGCUGCUGAUUCCAUGAGUGUUUCAAAUAGCCAUGUUGGUGAUUCUGGAACUGGCAUUGUUAGUGAGGAUCAUACAUCUGUAACAGGAGCACAAGGAAUGCAUCAAGAGGAGCAAGAUCUUGUAAAUAUGAUGGCAUCCUCCUCUUUACAUAAUUUUGGUGGACAGGUACCUAUGCCACUGAAUUUGGCAUCCUCUCAUUUACCUCUACCAAUACCCCAAUCAGUGCUUGCUUCUAUGGGAUAUAAUCAGAGAGGAAUGGCUGGCAUGGUCCCUGCUAAUAUUCCUGUGAUUGAUCCUCACUGGGCUGCAAACCUACACUUUCAGCAGGGCUUUUCAUCUCCAUUGACUCCAUAUUUUCCUGGAGUUGGGUUUCCUGCAAAAUCUGAGGCUUUGAUAGAACAAGGUGAUGAGAAUUUUAGUUCUGUGGAAAUUGCACAACAGGGUGCUGAUACUGAUCAUUGGCAUGAGCGAGAUGUGACUACGAUUGGUGGUCAAGAUGAUGUAAGUUUGGAGAUGCACCAUGUAGAUGACAGGCAGCCUUCGACUUCUGGUAAUUCCAGCUUUGGUCCCUCAUCUCGCAUGGCUAAUUCUGGGAGUUUUUUUAAAGCUCAGACGAAAGUUGCCAAGGAGCUUCGAACAUCAAUGAGAGAUGAUUAUGUGGAAAAUUUGCAGCGCCAAGAUAAUCGAGAAAAUGAGGUGUACUCAGAUGAUAGAGUUACUAGUGCUAGGUUUUCUUCUGCUUCUCAGGCUGGUUCUGUGAGAAGUAAGACAUCAUCUGAGAGUUCAUGGGAUGGGUCAUCUACAAGAGUAUCGAAGGUGGCCAGGGAAAAGCAGGGAAGGAAAACAGCUGUUUCAUCUUCAGUACCUCCCAUUAUUCAUAGUAAAGACAAAAACAUCUACAAUCAUUCCUCUGCUGAUUUAGAUGAUGAGAAUAGAGAUUGGAAUAGUAUGUCCACAAAAGGGGUAGAAAUUAAUGAAAGAAGUAUAGUUUCUCAACAUGCAUCUACUUUGCAUGUCCCAAGGCAUCACUUGCCUGGCUAUGAAGUGGCACAGACUAGUGGGUCUGAUUCAGUCAUGCCUAUUGCUCCUAUGGUUUUAGGUCCCGCCUCACGGCAAAUCAAAUUCUAUCCCACUGGACCACCUGUGCCUUUCUUUACAAUGCUUCAUUUUCCUCCUGAGGCUGGAACUUCUGAUCGAGCAAGUAGUUCUCCACAUGGAGAGGUGGGUUCUGAUGAUAUUGAUUCUGUGAAAAGCAUAGGUUUUUCUGCGGGGCAUGAUGCUCCUGAUGUUUAUAGUACUUAUAAUUCCAUUAAAAGAGCAAUUACCACAGAGUCAUCUGAAGAACCAAAGCCUGAUAUUCUCAACAGUGACUUUGCUAGCCAUUGGCAAAAUCUGCAGUUUGGACGGUUUUGCCAGAGCCCUCGAUUUCCUCCACCAGCUGUUUGCCCAUCUCCUGUUGCUGCCCCUCCUAUGUACUUACAGGGUUGCUUUCCUUGGGAUGGUCCUGGAAGACCACUUCCAGCAAAUGCUAACCUUUUGUCUCAGCUUAUGAGUUACGGCCCACGCUUUGUUCCUGUUCCCCCUGUUCAGCCUGUGUCCAGUAGACCUCCUGUUGUCUACCAACACUAUGCUGAUGAACUACCAAGAUACCGCAGUGGAACAGGAACCUAUCUACCAAAUCCUAAGGCUUCUGUGAGAGAUCGACAUUCUUCUGGAGCGAGAAGGAACAGUUACAACUAUGAUAGAAGUGAUCAUAGUGACAGAGAAGGUAACUGGAAUGCCGCAAAAGCAAGAGCUGCUGGUCGUAGUCACAACCGUAGCCAAGCCGAGAAGUCAAGGGUUGAUCGAUUGCCAGCCAAUGAGAGUCGGGCUGACAGGCCUUGGUCUACUUACAGGCAUGACCAUAUACCUUCGUAUCAGGCUCAAAAUGGUCCUUCACUGCCUAGCUCCUCUCAGAGCAGCUCAGUGAAUGUGGCUUAUGGGAUGUACCAGAUGCCAGGUAUGAACCCAAGUGGAGUAACAUCAUAUGGAUCCUCGAUACCAUCUGUUGUCAUGUUGUAUCCAUAUGAUAACAAUUCUGGCUAUGUAUCUCCCGGAGAGCAACUUGAGUUUGGUUCUCUAGGCCCCAUGAGUGUUGUUGGCACGAAUGAUGCAACACAACCCAUUGAUGGAACUCGGUUUAGGAGAGCGUUUGAGGAUCAAAGAUUUCAUCGUAGCUCAACUCAACAGUCUUCACCAGACCAACCAUCAUCCCCUCACUUCCAAAGAUCAAUGGCCCAAAGGAACUAUCAGUUGAAAGAUGAAGACUUUCCACCCUUGAUUUUCCAAAAUCCAGGACAAGAUGGUGGGAAGAUCUGUAAUGAGAAAUACUCCCAUUACCAUGCUCCAAUGUUUGCACCACAAGCAUAGGAGGUCGGGGGUUCUGAUGGUUGGGUUGGUGAAGGGAUUCUGCUGGCUUCUUUGGUACACUAGGAACUCGGUUUCCUGGCUGUUCUUGCUCCAAGAGUGGAGUAUUGGUGAACUAGCCAAAGAUCAUAACAUGAAGGUUUGGAAAUCUCCAUUUUCAGUAGCAAAUGUGACGGUUGAAAGAAGCAGCAGGUUGAGGCAGUCGGGGAGUUGCAAUUUCUUAGGGUCUGACAUACUGUAAGUCUGUAACUUAGUUGAAGUAGCUGUAGAAACUGAGUUAAGGGCUUAUCUUUCGCCCUGUCGAGAUCAGUUUUCCAUUUUUACACACUGUAUUUGGAGGGGGUUCUUGAUAAAACUCAUUUUAUACUUGUUUUCCUUUAGUUAGAUUUGCUAAAAACAGUGUAGCAACAUCACCCUCAUAGUUUAAAUAGCAGUUAGAAGUUCUUGAUACUGUUAUCCUUGUUCAAAGUUUUACUCAGUGUUGUACCUGAUUCAUAAAUUAGGUUACGGGGAUUGGGGGUUCCCCAUCGUAUAUUUUAGGAGUAUACAAUUUUUUUUUUAUAAAUAAAUAUAAACAUUCAAAAAAAUCUUAAAUCAACAAAAA